AUGUUGGGAUCAACCAUGACUUGGUUCAACAAUCUGAUAGGCAGAUUGAACAUAAUGUUCCCAGGACUCAGAGUUCAUGGGCAUGCAAUUCCUGCACAUUACAAUGAAAAAACGGAGAAUCCUCUUCUUGAUCAAAGGACCGGGAAGAGAUUUGAGAGGAAAGAUCAGCAGCAAGACACUGGGAGAGUUGAUAUGCAGAGGAGGAACUGGCGUAAUGAGAGCCGGAGGAAUAACAGAGAGCCCGAGAAGCAGCAGCAGCAGGUAGAGAGGCCACCUUCACCCGAGACUUGGCGCAAACCUGUAGAGCAGCCAAAACCAGCCUCCCCUGACUCCAGUGGUCUGCGCUAUGGAAAAGCAGCUUCAGCCGUUGAGCUGGCUCAAGCAUACUCUAGAUCAGUCUCAGAUCCAAAGACAGCCGAUCGCUUUUCAGUCCAAAGGGGCCUUCCUAGCCGGACCCAAAUGCCGUUUUCACGGCUGAUGGGUCCAACCCCAAGACCUCAGAUUAAUGGUUACUGAAUGUUAGAGUGGUUUGGUUGGCAAUUGAUAAUCAUUGUGGUUAGAAGAAUGCGUGGUGAUAUAGCAUUUGGGUAUGUGCAAGCUGUGGAAGGACUUAGCAGUUCACCAGUGAUGCUUCCUGCACCUGAUUCUUUUUUCAGU